AUGGAGAGAGAAAGUCCCAAUCAGUAUCGUCGGUAUCGAGCGCACGGAGUGUCUAACUCGAUUUCAGGGCUCCGGAUAGUUUCUUCUGCGUCUCAGGACAAUGUAGAGAUGGUCAUCGACGAUAGCUAUGAUCCGCAGCAGCACACGGGGCAUGACCACCGCCAUGCCCAGCAUCAAGAGCAGCAGCAACACCAUCAGACGGUGCUAGCACAUCAACAUCAGUAUCAUCCACAUCAGCAUCAUCCGCAACCGCAUCAGUACAGCCGGCCGCAACAGCUCCCGGGCCCAGCCGCUGGUAUGGUCACCUAUCUGCCGCAACAUUCAGCAACCGACCAGCAGGAGCUGAUGGUAGAUGGAGCGGUCGCUGUAGACGGUACCUAUCGCUAUCAUCAGCGUGAUUCACCAGAAGCCGGGCUGGUGGUUGGCGCGGAAGAAGCAAUGGAUCUGGAUAUGAUGGUGGGCGGUGUGGAUGGUGGCGGUGUCGGUGAUCUGUCGCAGUUAAGAGGCGACGCCACGUAUGCCGGUACCGGUAGCGGAGGCAACGGUAGUGACGAGCACGAGAUAGAUAUCAGGGAUAUCAUACGGGAAGGACACGAAAAAGCCGAUCCGUCACAGUUUGAGCUGCUUAAGGUGCUCGGCGAAGGUUCCUUUGGGAAGGUGUUUUUGGUGCGAAAGAUUGUCGGCAUCGAUGCCGGCGCACUGUAUGCCAUGAAAGUAUUAAAGAAGGCAACGCUGAAGGUUAAAGAUCGCGUGAGGAGUACGAACGAGCGGAACAUCCUGGCCGACGUUGGUCAUGCAUUUAUCGUUAAGCUACACUAUGCCUUCCAGACGCCCGGCAAGCUGUACCUUAUACUGGACUUCUUACGCGGCGGUGAUUUAUUUACCCGCCUGAGCAAAGAAGUGAUGUUCACCGAGGAGGAUGUUAAGUUUUACUUGGCGGAACUGGCGCUGGCCCUUAAUCACCUGCACAGUAUCGGCAUCAUUUAUCGCGAUCUAAAGCCGGAAAACAUACUUCUAGAUCAGGAUGGCCAUAUAGCUUUAACGGAUUUUGGACUCUCGAAACAACCACUGGAUGGGUCCAAAACGUAUAGCUUCUGCGGGACGGUUGAAUAUAUGGCACCGGAGGUUGUCAAUCGUAAAGGUCAUACCUUUGCUGCGGAUUGGUGGUCUUUCGGCGUGCUUAUGUUCGAAAUGCUGACGGGAAAUCUGCCAUUCCACGGUAGCAAUCGUAACGACACAAUGAACCAGAUCCUCAAAACGAAGCUCGGUAUGCCAGAAAACUUGAGUCCGGAGGCGCAAAGUUUGCUGCGUGCUCUGUUCAAACGUAAUCCACAGAACCGGCUUGGGGCAGGUCCUAAUGGCAUCGAGGAUAUCAAGCGGCACGAAUUUUUUGCCAACGUGGACUGGGAUGCGUUUGAGCGCAAGGAAGUCCGGCCACCGUUCAUACCGGCCGUUUCGAGGGACGAUGCUUUCUACUUUGAUCCCGAGUAUACGAACAAAUCUCCAAAAGACUCACCGGGUGGACCGGUCAGCGCCAGUGCAUACGAGAUCUUCCGUGGUUUCAGUUUUAUUGCACCGGGGCUGCUGGACGAACAGCCAAACUUUGCCAACGGAAGCAACAUGGUGAUGCAACAGCAGCCCGCUUCUAGGUCACCGUUUUUAAACGAAAUCCCUGGUGUUAAGCCUGUUGCGUUCGGUGACGAAUAUAGUUUAAUGCAAGAACUUGGCAGAGGAACGUUCUCAAUCUGCCGGAUGUGUGAACAUCGUACAACAAAGAAGCAUUACGCAGUGAAGAUUAUUGACAAAUCCUACCAUGACUGUCGCGAAGAAGUCGAGAUACUGCUUCGGUACGGUAAUCAUCCGAACAUCGUGACGCUGUACGGUGUGCAUGAAGAUGCAAGCUAUGUGUACCUGGUGAUGGAAUUGCUGAAGGGGGGCGAGCUGCUGGAUCGCAUUCUAGCGAUUCAUUUUAUGCCAGAGCAGGAAGCCAGUGCCGUGUUGCGAACGGUCGUAUCGGCAGUCGCCUAUCUGCACGAACACGGUGUCGUUCAUCGCGAUCUAAAGCCAUCGAAUUUGUUAUAUGCUUCGGUGAAUCAUACGCCAGAAUCGUUGAAACUGUGUGAUCUUGGUUUCGCAAAGCAGCUGCGUGCCGAUAACGGAUUGUUGAUGACCCCAUGCUAUACGGCCAACUUCGUCGCACCCGAAGUGUUGAAAAAGCAAGGAUACGAUCUAGCUUGCGAUAUCUGGUCCCUGGGUGUACUGUUGUACAUUAUGCUUGAUGGAAAGACACCGUUUGCCAGCACACCGAACGAUUCGCCUGACAUGAUUCUAGCACGCAUCGGUUCCGGAAAGGUUGACUUAGAAACGGGUAAAUGGCCAACGAUAUCGGAUGAAGUGAAAGAUCUGUUACGACAGAUGCUUCACAUCGUACCAUCGAGGCGCCCAACUGCAGCCCAAAUCCUAAGGCAUCCCUGGUUAUCGCGAAGUGGGCCGCGCAUGAUGUACAACACGGUGGGCACACAACAUGCGGGCGGUGAACGGCCAAUGGUUGUGGAACCGCAAGAGACAAAACCAACAAAUGUAAACACGGAAGCUAUAAAAGGAGCGGUACAUGCCACUUUCCGAGCGAUAUCCUCACCACAGGCGGCAAACUUGGGCCCGGUCGGAAUGUCAGAUCUUGCACGCAGGCGGAUGGACAAGAUAAAUCAUUCAUAA